AUGUGCGAUGCAGUUGUUUCCAUUUAUGAUAACUUUGGUAUAUCAUUCCUAUCAGCCAGUCCUGCGGCUACCUCUGUAGCUGAAUCUAUAGCUGCGGUUACUGCCUCGACUCCCAGUGCUAUAGCCUCAUCUCUUUCCUCGGUGGCAUGUGCUCUCGUGGCUAACUGGAAUGCCUCGGUACCACAACAAGACUGGCGAAACGACUUUUCCUGCGGCAGUCAAGACAAACAAGGGGAGACUGCUGCCGACUUCGGUAAUAAUGCUCGUGCGAAUAGCAGCAAAUGGCUUUCUCCAGUUGGAGAAAAUAUUUAUCAAGGAACUUUGCCAUUCGAGCCGCAGGCUUCCGUGAAGAUGAAUCGUGAAUCAGAGCAAUUAGACAGCAAAUUAUCUAUCGGCUACCGCUAG